GAGAGACCAGCCAUUAUGCCUGAUCCAUCCAAGUCAGCUCCGGCGCCAAAGAAAGGUUCCAAGAAGGCUGUCACUAAAGCCCAGAAGAAAGACGGCAAGAAACGCAAACGCAGCCGCAAAGAGAGCUACUCCAUUUACGUGUACAAGGUGCUGAAGCAGGUGCACCCGGACACCGGCAUUUCGUCCAAGGCCAUGGGCAUCAUGAACUCCUUCGUCAACGAUAUCUUCGAGCGCAUCGCCAGCGAAGCCUCCCGCUUGGCGCACUACAACAAGCGCUCGACCAUCACCUCCCGCGAGGUGCAGACAGCCGUGCGCCUGCUGCUGCCGGGGGAGCUGGCCAAGCACGCCGUGUCCGAGGGCACCAAAGCCGUCACCAAGUACACCAGCUCCAAGUGAGGCGCUUCUACCGCAGCCUGCGCAACAGAACCCAAAGGCUCUUUUCAGAGC